UGCAUAUAAACACACUGCUGCCUGUGAUGGGGAAACAUCCCUAAACCCUGGAUCCCCCUGCAGAUUUUCCUACAGAUGCUGCUGCUGCAUUUCUGAGGGAUUACGAAAUGAUUCCUAGUCUGCGCGCCAUGUGACAAACUGCCCAUAAAAAUCCCAGACUGGUUUCCGUUUGUUUUGGAGGAAUUAAAUCCUCCUCUUUUUUCUCUCCCCCCCCCCCUGUGGUCAGGAAAUGAUUGCAUGCGAUCUGCGGCAGAAAAGUGGAGCUGUGUUUUGUGGAAUCCUAUUGUGCUGCUGCCUGGGAUGGAAUGUUAAAGAGACACACUAAAGAAUGGCCAUCCGAGAACUGAAAGUUUGCCUUCUGGGGGAUACAGGAGUUGGAAAGUCAAGUAUUGUUAGCAGAUUUGUCCAAGAUCAUUUUGACCACAAUAUCAGUCCAACCAUUGGGGCUUCGUUUAUGACUAAGACUGUUCCUUCUGGGAACGAGCUACAUAAAUUUUUGAUUUGGGAUACUGCUGGUCAAGAACGUUUUCACUCCCUGGCACCAAUGUACUACAGAGGCUCUGCUGCUGCAGUCAUCGUAUAUGACAUCACAAAGCAGGAUACCUUUCAUACACUGAAGAAAUGGGUAAAAGAAUUAAAAGAACAUGGACCAGAGAAUAUUGUUAUGGCCAUCGCUGGAAACAAAUGUGACCUGUCUGACACUAGGGAAGUGACUUUGAAAGAUGCCAGAGAAUAUGCAGAAUCCAUUGGGGCAAUAGUUGUUGAGACCAGUGCUAAGAAUGCCAUUAAUGUGGAGGAACUUUUCCAAGGAAUAAGUAGGAGAAUCCCACCAUUGGAUCCCCAUGAGAAUGGCUCCAAUGGGGCAAUGAGACUCGGAAGGCAAUCGUUACAGUCAACAACUAGAUGCUGCUGAUAUAACCGAUAAAACAGAUGAAGAAAUUGUCCCAUGUAGCAAAUAGCUCUCAUCAGUGAGCUCUGCACUGAAACAAUGUAAAUCCUGCCUCAUAUGACAUAAACACAAAAGGACGCAGUGAAAGGUUUUACUAAGAGACAAACCUGAUCAUCAUAAAGUGAGAUAUGUGGUUGUUUACAGAAAUGGCCACAAAACUGUGUUGAGAAAACAUGCAGUAGUUAAGUAAAUUGUAGAUAACAGUAUCAAUCAUUUAGGGGCUGAUUAAACGGUGGUUGUUUUUUUUUUCAAGUGGUACCAAUAGGUGUCAUUCCAAUUUCAGUGCACAAAAUAAUUGGAUGAAUUCUUAAUCUUGACCUUUUUUUUAUUCAGGGUUAACAAAUUGGGUUAGUAGGGCUGCUGCUUAGGUCCACUAAGCACUAAUGGUGGCCAUACACGGGCAGAUAAAGCUGCCGAUAUCAGUCGUUUGGACCGAUUUGACAGCUUAUCUGCCCGUGUAUGGAGGCUU